AUGGCCGCUUCGACUUCGACCUCCGGUAAUCGGGACCUCCCUGCAUCCAAGUAUGACCUAAGCACGUACUGGGGUCGGGUUAGGCAGUCCGCAGAGCUAUGCGAUCCAAGGACCCUGUUCGUGUCUGCAGACGGGCUGGAGAACGCAAAGAAACUGAUCGAGUCAUAUAAGGGUGGCCACCUGUUGUCCAUGACGCCGGAGUUAUGGCAUGCGAAGAAAGUGGUUGACUCAACACUUCAUCCUGAUACUGGCGAACCGGUCUUCUUCCCUUUUCGCAUGUCAUGUUUUGUCCUCUCCAAUUUGAUUGUGACGGCGGGCAUGCUCACACCUGGGUUGGGCACAACGGGAACACUUCUGUGGCAGAUAGGCAACCAGUCACUCAACGUUGCUAUCAACAAUGCCAAUGCCAACAAGUCCACUCCUCUGUCGACCUCUGCCAUGGUUAAAUCAUACCUCAUGGCCGUCUCGGCGUCGUGCUCUGUUGCCUUGGGUCUCAAUGCGGUGGUUCCGCGGCUGAAGGUGGCAGCCAACACCAAGCUGAUACUGGGCCGUCUUGUCCCCUUUGCUGCAGUGGCGACAGCAGGUGCCCUGAACGUCUUCUUGAUGCGCGGUGAGGAGAUCAGACAAGGCAUUGACGUCUAUCCUGCCGAGCCCAGGGAGCAGAGGACGGGCGCAGAGGCCAAGAGUGAGGGUGGUGAGAUGCAGAGUCUUGGGAAGAGCAAGAAGGCAGCCACUUUGGCCGUGGGUGAGACGGCUAUCAGUCGGGUGUUGAACUCGACUCCCAUUAUGGUUUUGCCGCCAUUGAUACUCGUGCGGCUGCAGCAGAUGCAGUGGUUGAGAGCCCGGCCACGACUGGUUCUCCCGGUCAACUUGGGUCUAAUCUUGACGACAUCCAUCUUUGCAUUGCCUCUGGCACUGGGAGCUUUCCCACAGCGUCAGGCCGUGCAAGCAUCCUCGCUGGAGGAAGAGUUCUGGGGCCGUGGUGGAAGCACCGGCCUGGUCGAGUUCAACCGUGGCAUCUAA